GCGACGUUCCCGGCAUGCUGCAGCUCCUUGGCCUCUCUUCACAGUGACGAUGGCGCCGGUGUACAGCAAGUACCUGACUGUCCGCAACUCCUCGGCGGCCGGGGCGGCGCUCGUCCUGCUGUACCUGCUCCGGAGGGGAGCGAGUAGGAAGAAAAAUGGGAAAACGCCAGUACAAAACAAUGAGAAAGAUGGAAAAAAGGAAAAAGCAGUGGUGGACCGACUUUUCUUUGCCAGGAUUGGCCGCAUCCUGAAAAUAUUAGUCCCUAAAACAUUCUGUAAAGAGAGCGGAUAUCUGACGCUGAUAGCGAUCAUGCUGGUUGCCCGCACGUACUGUGACAUUUGGAUGAUUCAGAAUGGCACUUUUAUUGAAAGCGGAAUCAUAAGCAGAAGUACAGCCGUUUUCAAGGAGCACUUUUUCCAGUAUAUUGCUGCAAUUCCACUGAUCUCAUUAGUGAAUAACUUCUUAAAAUUGGGCUUGAAUGAGCUGAAGUUGUGUUUCCGGGAACGGCUGACCAAGCACCUUUAUGAUGAAUAUCUGAAAUCCUUUACUUACUACAAAAUGGGCAACCUGGAUAACCGGAUAGCAAACGCUGAUCAGCUUCUUACGCAGGAUGUGGAGAAAUUCUGCAACAGUGUGGUGGACCUGUACUCCAACCUGAGCAAGCCAUUUUUGGACAUCGUCUUGUACAUCUUCAAGCUGACAAAUGCCAUUGGAGCUCAGGGGCCAGCAAGCAUGAUGGCUUAUUUGCUUGUCUCAGGACUUUUCCUUACACGCCUCAGGAGACCUAUUGGUAAAAUGACUAUUACUGAACAGAGAUAUGAAGGCGAAUACAGAUAUGUCAACUCACGGCUCAUUACCAAUAGUGAAGAAAUUGCCUUCUACAAUGGAAACAGAAGAGAAAAACUGACAAUUCACUCCGCUUUUCACAAACUGGUGGAUCACUUGCAUAAAUUUAUUUUCUUCCGGUUUUCCAUGGGCUUUGUAGAUGACAUUAUCGCCAAAUAUUUUGCAACAGUCGUUGGUUAUCUGGUUGUCAGCCGUCCAUUCCUUGCAAUAAAUCACACGCGACAUCUGACCAGUUCGCAUGCCGAACUCCUGGAGGAUUACUACCAGAGUGGAAGGAUGUUACUAAGAAUGUCUCAAGCUCUUGGAAGGAUUGUACUUGCAGGGCGUGAAAUGACCAGGCUGUCGGGAUUCACAGCCAGGAUUACAGAACUCAUGCAAGUCCUGAAAGAACUGAAUAAUGGCAAAUAUGAACGGACAAUGGUUUCUCAACAGGAUAGAGAGUCAGAAUCUGUUCCCAGCAUUCCCUUAAUUCCUGGAAGUGGAAAAGUUACCAACAUUGACAAUAUCAUUAAGUUUGAGCACGUCCCCCUAGCAACGCCAAAUGGUGAUCUUCUAAUCAGAGACCUUAAUUUUGAGGUGACGUCCGGUACCAAUGUUCUUGUCUGUGGGCCAAAUGGAUGCGGGAAGAGUUCCCUGUUCCGUGUAUUAGGAGAGUUAUGGCCUCUUUUUGGUGGAUCUCUUACAAAACCUGAACGGGGAAAACUAUUUUAUGUUCCUCAGAGACCAUAUAUGACUCUUGGGACAUUACGGGACCAAGUCAUUUAUCCAGACACGCAAGAAGAUCAGAAGCGUAAAGGCAUAUCCGAUAAGGUACUGAAGGAAUACCUUGAUAAUGUCCAGUUGGGGCAGAUUCUGGACCGUGAGGGUGGCUGGGAUAUUGUCCAGGAUUGGAUGGAUGUUCUCAGUGGAGGAGAGAAGCAAAGGAUGGCGAUGGCACGGUUAUUUUACCAUAAGCCUCAGUUUGCAAUCUUGGAUGAGUGCACAAGCGCGGUCAGUGUAGAUGUGGAAGAUUAUAUUUACAGCCACUGUAAGAAGGUUGGAAUAACCCUUUUCACUGUGUCACACAGAAAGUCCCUGUGGAAACACCAUAAGUACUACCUCCACAUGGAUGGACGAGGCAACUACGACUUCAAGCCAAUUACAGAUGAAACCAUUGAGUUUGGGUCUUAGAGCUCAUUAUUCAGAGCCAACUCGUGGCAAAACAAAGCUAUGACCUAGUUGUUUUUUUUUCUCUUCAGAUUUUUGCCUAAUUUUAAAUAAUUGGAGUCUAAUAGGUUUAUCUAAUCAUUAACACUACUGCACUAAAGUACAAUGAAUUCCUCUAUGAGGUUUAAAUCAGCAGAUCUGAUUGCGCUCUACAUAAAUCAAUUGCUCAGACUUUCUUGGCUAGUGACAGUUGUGUCCAGUUUCCAAGAAGGAGCGAAAGAUCCAUCUCUUAAGAAGGCCAUACACAUUAGAUAGAAGAUGGUUGAUGGUUGAACAGCAGUUGAAUAAACAAUCAUCUGGUAAACGUUCGUUUCGCAGUCACGUCCAUGUUGGCCCUUACAGUUGUUCAAAUUGUCCAUACCCAGUCAAUGAAAACGGACGAUGAACGAAAGAUCUUUCUGGGAAAGUCCUAUCAAAGAAAAAUGUUUCUUUGAAUGAAAGAUCUUUUAUCUGACCAUCAGACGAUAACAUUUAAACAUGGGCUAUUUCUCGAUAAUGGUCUCUUAUUGGUUGGCUAAAAUGAUCAUCCGUAAAUGUUCAUUUUAGCUUAAAUCUUCAGUUUUGAUUAACUUUAGACUAAUGUGUGUGGGCACCUCUAGGCCAGUUUUACAGGAGUGUCUUCAGUCUUGGAAGCACCCGGCUUCUGAUGGUAGCAUUUCCUAAGCCGAACACUGCUCCUUUUGAUUGAACUCACAGCAGCAUAACGAUUUAUGAUGCCGUGAGCUCCCGCCUGACCGCUGGUCUAGUGUAAAGUACUCACAUAAUGCUGUGAUUACUGUGCUCUUAGACCCGCAGUCAGGCAGGAAUCUUUAUGAUGCAGUGAGUUCAGAGUUCCGUCCUGGAAUUUUAACCAUCACAUGUAUCGUGUUUCCCGGACUGAACACACUGGUAUGAAAUUAGCCUUGGUCUUUUUCUUAAAGGUGUUAUCCAGAAUUUUCAUUUAAUUUCUAAUGGUACCCACGUUCAUGUGAUGAAGCGCUUUGGUGGUAAUAAUGUUGAAAAUAUGCCUACAGGGCCAACACUGUGCUUCCCGGUGUAAUUACGUUGCGGGCACUUCCUGGAUCACGUGCCGUACUUUCAGUGCUUGAACCGAGCCCGGUUACAACCUGCAAUGUACAGGAGUUACUGAGCAGUGCCAGAGGUUGCCUGACUGCGCAAGCCGAACCUACGUACAUCACAAAUGUGCAGCACGUGAUCCAGGAAGUGCCUGCAACAUAAUUACACCAGUGAGCACAGCACUGGCCAAGUAGGAGUAUUUUCAACAUUAUUCUUAAAGUGCUUAACACAUGAAGGUGUGGACCAUUAAGAAGUAAAACAUUGGGGAUAUCCCUCUUUAAGGACUAUGAGAAAGUAGUGUUAGCCUGUGCCCCACUUCGUCUCUAAACAUUGAUUGCACUGUAGCCUGGGACUAGAGACGUUUUUUUGUGAUUGCAGUAAAACACAUCCUCUUUGUAUUGUUUUCGAUUAAUCUCAGGUUAUAUAGAGAUAAUGCAGAAGAAAAUGGACAAGAUGCAAUUAAUUAUAGGAUUUACUAUGUAAUUUUUUUUUUUGUUAUAAUGAUGCCAAAAGCAUGACAGGGAUUCCAACCAAGGAACGUCACUGAAUGGCUAUUUCGCUGCCAGGCUGUAAUGUCUGCCACGCAGGCUGUGCAAAUCCCGGCCAGUGUCCUCGAAAGGCAGACAUAGAACACUUGUAUUCCAUUUAGUAGGUCUAGACUGAUAGUUCCUGUCUUUAAUUUUAUACGUAACAGGUUUACACGUCCCAUGUGCAGAUUUCAGUGUAUUUUCCAGAUACUUUCUAGGUGAUUAAUGAUAACCUUUUAAUUUAAGUUGGUAGCUAGGUGGAUGAGUUGUAUGCUGUGUACCUGGAGAUCACCGAGCGGGGUAAUAUACCCUUUUUGUAAAUGUGACUUGGAAGCCGAGAGCAUUAACUGGAUUUGUUUUUUAAAUGGGUUGUCCAGGUUCGGAGCUGACCCCUGACCUAUCCCCUUCUUCCCCCACUCAGCCCCUCUGUCAUGAGCUGUGUCGCGCAGGGCAAAGGCUUUUUUGUUUACAAGCCUAACCGCUAGGCGGAGGCAUCCACCUAGCAGUGUUCCCAGUGACGUCACCGACACUAAUGGGUAGGCUUUAGCGCUGCCUUAGCCUCUAAAGCCUGCCCAUUAGUGCCGGUGACAUCACCGAGCUCACUGCUAGGCCAAUGUCUCCGCCUAGCAGCUCCUAUGAAGAGCCUGGUAUGUGACCGGAUCUCCCGAAAAUUCCCUUGCCCUGUGCUAUUCAGUGCAGGGCAAGGGAGAUGCGCCGAUGCUCAUGUCAGAAGGGCUGCCUGGGUGAAGAAGGGGAUAUGUCUGGGUUCAGCUCUGAAUCUGCACAACCUCUUUAACAUUGGAAUAGCAUUUAUAAAGGCAUGCACUGAGUAAUGCAAUAAAUGGGAUCUGUGUAAAUCU